AUUUUACUGAUCCAUGAACAUUGGUCAUUUAACAAGAAAGUGUUCUAAUUUUACUGAUCCUCUGAUGAACAUUAGAGCAUUAUAUACUCUCUCCCAGGAUAUAUUUAACUGUGAAUGAUUUAGGAAUAAUUAGUCAAAUAUGAGAUCAUUUUUUUCUAGCUAUCAUCAUUAUUUAGAGAUAUGAUUUAUCACUGCAUUAGCUGGUUAAUAUCUUAAGUAAAACUUUGGCUUAAAAUUUAAAGGUGAUAUAUCCUUUGGUACCAACUAACCAAUUGAUGUUUUCAUUGUCUAUAUAAAGCGAGGAUCAUCUAUCACUUGCAUUGCUAAACUUGCAAGAAGAACAUGUUUAAUGUAGCCAAGUACAUAGUUGAGUAUAUUCCUAAAUAUUUUAGAAUUUGAAAUUUGCAAUGGUUGCUGCUUCCCCAGCCCAUCAUUCCUCUGGAGAAGACCAGUCAUUUAUCAGUGUUCCAAGAAUUGAUAUGUCUCUUGACAGGCAUCUUGUUGCUAAUAGAAUUGUAAAAGCUUGUGAAGAUUAUGGCUUCUUUAGGCUUGUAAAUCACGGGGUUCCUGAUCAUAUCAUUUCAAGCAUGGAGGAGGAGGUUUAUGAUUUCUUCUCGAAGCCGGCUUGCAAGAAGCAAGAAGCAGGGCCACCAUCUCCAUUUGGAUAUGGAUGCAAACUAAUUGGCUUGAAUGGUGAUAUGGGGGAGCUUGAAUACAUUCUUCUCGAAACCAACCCCAUGGCUAUCUCCCGAAGGUCCCUAGUGAUGUCCACUGACCCGAUUAAAUUCAGUGAUGCUGUCACUGGGUACCUUCAAGCUAUGAAGGACCUCUGUUGCAAAAUUCUUGAUCACAUGGCUCAAGGCUUGCAGCUACCGGACAAAUCUUUGAGUUGCCUCAUAAAAGACAAUGACAAUGAUUCAUGUUUUCGAGUGAACCAUUAUCCUCCCUUUGAUGGUAAUGCUAAUGGUAAUACUAAUAACUCCUUAAAUUGUCCUCUUGUCGGAUUUGGAGAGCAUUGCGACCCUCAGAUAAUAACCAUCCAAAGAUCUAACAAUGUGGGUGGCCUUCAAAUAUAUUCCAAAGGCAAUCACUGCAUCUCUGUCCCUCCCCAUCCUACCGAAUUUUGUGUGUUUGUUGGUGAUGCCUUGCAGUGUCAGACAUCGAGUGCUGGCAAAUUCGAGCAAGCAGUCCAGGAUUUCAAUGAUGUACUUUGGAGCACCAUCACUGGCAGCAUCUCUGUCUUCACCCUUUCUGCCUAGACGUUAUAAGAAUUUCACUUGGGGAGAAUACAAGAAGGUUGUGUAUUACAGACGUUUAGGGGAUCGACGUCUUGAUCUUUUUGAAUUAUCAGAGAAUGUAUAAUCUGCUUGGACAAGACUUAAUCUUGACCUUGCUAGAAGCACCAAAGAAGAAUGUAAAUAUGUGAUCCAAUAUAAUUUCUAGUCUUCUUUUCUUCCAUGAGUUCUAUAAAUUGUGAUCAUCAGUUGUGAACCAGGACUGGAUUGAUGAUAAAAUAAAAUCCUGGAUCAUGUGUAGACAUGUUGUACUCUCUGUAAUAUCAUGUGAAGACUUGUAAAAUGCAUGAUACAAGUUGAUGUAUAUCCAUCUCUGAUUCGCUCUGUACCAACUUAUCUUCUUGUUAAUUUUUUGUUUAUAUAAUUAGUACAACCCCUCGUUUG